AUGGUUUCAGUACCAAAUGCCGGCGCCGCCCCUACAGGCACACACAGCACAGCUGGAAGUACGCGAAGCUCACCCAGUGCCACGCCCGCCGGCACAUCGUCAAAACCGAAGCCAAAGGUCAACUCCAACGGAUACCACCCGAAUAAUCCACAGACACCUCUCAGUUCGCUCUCGAGUACUGCUUUGGAUCUGACAUCAGUUGAACGUCGUGGACAACCCACAGCAGUAAGGGAAAAGACAAAGGAGAGCCGACCACACGGUCUCCAAGAGGCACCCACGUAUCGACCUACAGAAGAAGAAUGGAAGGAUCCUUUUGAGUACCUCCGAAAAAUCACACCAGAGGCAAAGGACUUUGGUAUCUGCAAGAUUAUUCCUCCCGAUUCUUGGAACCCAGAGUUUGCAAUCGAUACCGAGAAAUUUCAUUUUAGGACCCGAAAACAAGAGUUGAACUCUGUGGAAGGGAGUACACGUGCCAAUCUCACUUAUCUCGACGGGCUCUCAAAAUUCCAUAAACAACAUGGCACCAAUCUUCAUCGGUUGCCAUAUGUUGACAAGAAACCACUUGAUCUUUACAGACUUAAGAAAGCCGUUGAAUCUAGGGGCGGCUUUGAAAAGGUUUGUAAACACAAGAAAUGGGCUGAAAUCGGACGCGAUUUGGGAUACAGUGGCAAGAUCAUGUCAUCUUUGUCGACAUCUCUAAAAAAUUCCUACCAGCGAUGGCUUUGCCCGUAUGAGGAGUACCUCCGACUCGCGAAGCCUGGUGUUCAUCAACAGCUGGAGCAGGAAUAUGGUGGACCAUUGACCCCAAGUCCUGGACAGACCCCGGUCAGACGAUCCAAUGUCAAUACACCUAUUAGUGUUCGAGGCGAUUCACCAGCGCGCAAUGCCUCCGAUGCUUUGCAGGCGACUAUUGUAGGAGUCAAGACAGAACGCGACACUCCUAUGGACGAUGCACCGCCUCUGGCACAAGCGCCUACGUCUGGGGGAUUUACUGCGGUCAACUCUGGAUUCACAGCUGUGAAUUCCGGCUCCAAUGGUGCCAAGCGCAGCGCAACUAGUGAGCCCACAAGCUUCACCCCCGAUCCUAAGCGAUUCGACAGUCCUACUUCCUCAGCAAAGAAUACACCAGAUAUCCGAGGAUCAAGCCUGAAGCCUACAGCAUUGAAGCGUCAGCUUAGUGGUGAAGAGUCUUCUGAUUCAGGCAGAAAGGACAUUGACAUGGAUGAUUCUGAGGCGGCCAGCAGCCGUCGUAGCAAGCGACUCAAGAAAGAUGCUGUCCCCACUGUGGCUGGAUCGCACAUGACGCCAUUCCGUCCUUCGGUGCCAAGAAUACCACGAGAGGAACCACCACCACCAGGCGAGAAAUGCGAAACUUGUGGAAGAAGCGACAAUCCUCUUCUACUUUGCGAGUCUUGCGAUCAUGCCUAUCAUCCAGGAUGUCUCGACCCUCCAUUGAAGCGUGAGCCCGACAGCGAAUGGAAUUGCGCACGAUGUUUGGUUGGAGAUGGCCAGUUCGGUUUCGAGGAGGGUGGUCUGUACUCACUCAAGCAGUUCCAACAAAAGGCCAACGACUUCAAGCAGGGUUAUUUUGAGAAGAAGAUGCCUUUUGAUCAUGAGCUCAAUUGCCAUCGACCUGUUACCGAAGAAGACGUUGAGACGGAGUUUUGGCGACUGGUUGCUGACCUUGAGGAGACUGUCGAGGUCGAAUACGGAGCCGAUAUCCAUUGCACAACUCAUGGUUCGGGAUUUCCGACUGCAGAGAGGGAUCCAAGCAACCCAUAUGCGACAGACCCUUGGAACCUCAAUGUUCUUCCAUUCCAUGGAGAGAGUUUGUUCAAGCAUAUUAAAUCCGACAUCUCGGGCAUGACAGUUCCUUGGGUUUAUGUGGGUAUGAUCUUUUCGACCUUCUGUUGGCACAACGAGGACCACUACGCUUACUCCGCCAAUUACCAACAUCUUGGCGCUACCAAGACAUGGUAUGGUAUACCGGGCGAAGAUGCUGAAAAGUUCGAAAAUGCGAUGAAGGAAGCUGUACCUGAACUCUUCGAGACACAGCCAGAUCUCCUCUUCCAGUUGGUCACACUGUUGACCCCUGAGCAAUUGAAGAAAGCAGGUGUUCGCGUGUACGCCCUCGACCAAAGAGCAGGUCAGCUCGUCAUUACUUUCCCGCAAGCCUACCAUGCUGGAUUCAACCAUGGCUUCAACUGCAACGAAGCCGUCAAUUUUGCACCCGAAGAAUGGGAGCCUUAUGGUCUUGCUGGUGUGGAACGACUGCAACUAUUCCGAAGACAGCCAUGCUUCUCUCACGAUGAACUCCUGUGGACCGCCGCAGAAAGCACAGCAAGCACUCUCACCAUUCAAACUGCGAAAUGGCUGGCACCCGCCCUCGACCGCAUUCACAAACGAGAACUUGAGCAACGAGCAGAUUUCCUCGCCAAGCAUGUUGAAGCGGCGGUCCAUCGAUGCGAAGGCAUAGGAGGCGACGAGUCUUGCUCGUUAAAGUUCAAGACCGAGAAUGAGGAUCUUCUAGAUGAGGAUGAACAGUGCUGCUCUUACUGCAAGGCCUUUUCAUAUCUGUCUCGCUUCAAGUGUCUACAGUCGGGCAAGGUUCUUUGCCUACUUCAUGCUGGAUACCAUCCGUGCUGUGAGAUUACCGAACAGGAGCGAUUCAAGGGUGCUGAACAUAUUCUUUAUUUCCGCAAGGAAAAGAAAGACAUGGAAGAGAUCCACCAAAAGGUCUUGGAAAAAGCGCAGACCCCCGACCUAUGGGAACAAAAGUAUGAGAAGCUAUUGGAUGAAGAGCCAAAACCAUCUCUCAAAUCGUUACGUGCGCUGCUUCAUGAGGGUGAGCGUAUUCCCCACGAUCUACCUUCACUGUCAGUCCUGCAAGAUUUUGUCAAUCGGUGCAAUGAUUGGGUUGAAGAGGCCACGAAUUAUAUCGUCCGAAAGCAGCAGAAUCGACGUAAGAACGAGAAAGCUUGGCAAUCGGGCAUGCGAAAGUCCAUUGGCAAUGCAGAACAUGAUCAAAAGGAGAGAGAGUCUAGAAACGUCAGCAACAUCUAUCGACUUUUGGAAGAUGCUGAACGUAUUGGUUUUGACUGUCCAGAAAUACUUCAGCUUCAAGAACGCGCCGAGGCUAUCAAGCAGUUCCAGAACAACGCAAUCCAGACUCUUAAGAACACGGCUACUUUGUCAACGGACCGAAUCGAAGAGCUUCUUGAGGAAGGCCGCAGCUUCAACGUGGAUACCCCUGAAGUUGAUCAGUUGUCCAAAGUAUUGGAACAAUCGCGCUGGAACGAACGAGCUCGUAGCAAUCGAGGAGUUUACAUGACUUUGAAGGAGGUCUCGGAUCUUAUUGAGGAGGGUAGUCGACUCGAGAUUCCUCCCUACAACGACCACUUGACUCACUACCGUGAACAAAUGAACUCCGGUCAGCAAUGGGAGCAAAAGGCCAAGGAGCUUAUCGCUGCAGACUUUGUUCAUUACCCACAGCUCGAAUCUCUGUCGGCGCAAGUACAGCUGAACGCGCUUCCCGUUUCACAAGAAACGUUGGCUGCUGUCGACCAAAUUCUCUACAAACAACGUGAAGCGCACCGCCAAAUAGUCGACCUGACUACGCGAUGUCACGAUCCCGAUUUCCGUAAAAGACCCAAAUACAACGAGGUCGUGGAUAUUCAGAAGAAGCUGGAGGAGCUCAAUUCGAAACCCAACGGCACUCUUGAUCUCGAAAACGAACGAAAACGCCACGAAGACUGGAUGCGCAGAGGAAAGAAGUUGUUUGGCAAGUCUAACGCGCCACUACACAUUCUCAAGAGUCAUCUGGAGUAUGUCUUGGAACGCAACAUCGACUGUUUUGACAUAGAGCACGACACGCCCAGAAUGCCUGGAGAGCCUGUUUCGAGAGAAGUCAGCCCUGAACCAGGGGCGAACAAGUGGGAUGACAGUCGAUCCAGACAAGUCUUUUGCAUCUGCAGAAAGAUUGAGGCUGGAAUGAUGAUUGAAUGCGAGAGAUGUCACGAAUGGUAUCAUUACAAGUGCCUCAAGAUUGCUCGAGGCAAGGUCAAGGAAGACGAAAACUACACAUGCCCAAUUUGUGACUGGCGCAUGAAGAUCCCUCGAGAUGCAUCGCGACCGAAAUUGGAGGAUCUGGUACUUCUUGCAGAGGAUAUGAAACAACUGCCUUUCCAACCAGAGGAGGAAGAAGUGUUGAUGAAGAUCAUCGAGAAUGCGGAAAACUUCCGACAACAUAUUGCACGGUAUUGCAGCCCACUACUAUCGACGGAAGCUGAAGUAGAGACACAACGAUUCUACCUACGCAAGAUUGAAGGCGCCGAAGUACUGUUGGCAUACGAAACCAACUACUUCCGUCAAGAGCUUCACAAAUAUUCCCCUGUCGCUCCAGAUCCACCACCAAUCCAAGAAAACUCCAAGAGUACACGAAAGCCUCGACCGACAAAGCUCGAAAAGAUGCUUGCCGAGUAUGGUGUCGAUAACCCCGAUGACCUGCCAGAGCACGUCAAAGGCAAAGCCAACAGCUUACGCCGUAAAGCAGCGAAUGCAGAAGCUGCAGCGGCGGCCGCAGCAGCCAACGCUUCAUCGGGUACAUUUCCACCACCACCCGCAGCUGGAGGUUUUGGGGGAGCACCAUACUACUCGCGACCUGAGCGAAGCCCCAGCACGACUGGACAUGCUGAACGUCGAGAGUCGCAUUCUUCCGGUCAUACCAGGGACAACUCCAUCAACCUCGAUAACGGCUUGCAUCCUGGGCCACUAGGAGUUGGUGGACCGCAGUUGGCUGCGGAUGUUUCCUCAAUAUCUUUGGAAGAUAGACUUCUUCAAGGCCAAGACGAUGUCAUCAACUUCCAUGGUGACGCAGAAAAGAGUAAGGCUCUAGAGAUCUUGUCAAGAACUGAGCUCGGCCGAAAGCAAGCCGAAAGACUAUGGGGUCCCAAUGUUUGGGGUCGUGGCUCCAUCGACAACAGACGCUUGUCUAACCCAAUGGAUGAGGAUAUGAUGAGACAAGAUGAAGGCAACGUGGAUCAGAUGUUCAAGGAGAUGACAAACCAAGACGAAGAUGAUGACAAGAGGAAUGAUACAGGGGACGUUAGGAUGACUACAGCAUCAUUGGAGAAGGAGAGAAAUGGCAUGGAUGCUCUACUCGAUGGGGAGUGA